CUUGCGGCCAGCCAGCGACGGCCCGGGUGGAGCGGGGCAGGCGCUGUGUUACCCAGCAGCCCCUUGGGCGUCAUUGUGGCGUCUCCAUCGCCUCAGUCAACUCUAUUUCCAGGCCUGGGGACAGCUGUACUGGUUGUCAGGGUUUAGUGCGGAAACCCUGGCGAAGAUGGAGGGCCCUUUGUCCGUGUUCGGAGACCGCAGCACUGGGGAGGCGAUCCGCUCCCAGAACGUUAUGGCCGCAGCUUCUAUUGCAAAUAUUGUAAAAAGUUCUCUUGGUCCAGUUGGCUUGGAUAAAAUGUUGGUAGACGAUAUUGGUGAUGUAACCAUUACGAAUGAUGGUGCCACCAUCCUGAAGUUACUGGAGGUAGAACAUCCUGCAGCCAAAGUUCUUUGUGAGCUGGCUGAUCUGCAAGAUAAAGAAGUUGGAGAUGGAACUACCUCAGUGGUUAUCAUUGCAGCAGAACUUCUGAAAAAUGCAGAUGAACUAGUCAAACAGAAAAUUCAUCCCACAUCAGUUAUUAGUGGCUAUCGACUUGCUUGCAAGGAAGCAGUGCGCUAUAUCAGUGAAAACCUCAUUAUUAACACAGAUGAACUUGGAAGAGAUUGCCUGAUUAAUGCUGCUAGGACAUCCAUGUCUUCCAAGAUUAUUGGAAUAAAUGGUGAUUUCUUUUCCAAUAUGGUAGUGGAUGCUGUCCUUGCUGUUAAAUACACUGAUGCAAGGGGCCAGUCUCGCUAUCCAGUCAAUUCUGUUAAUAUUCUAAAAGCCCAUGGGAGAAGUCAGACAGAAAGCAUGCUCAUCAAUGGCUAUGCACUCAACUGUGUGGUGGGAUCUCAGGGCAUGCCCAAGAGAAUAGUUAAUGCAAAAAUUGCUUGCCUUGAUUUCAGCCUGCAGAAAACAAAAAUGAAGCUUGGUGUACAGGUGGUUAUUACAGACCCCGAGAAACUGGACCAAAUUAGACAGAGAGAAUCAGAUAUCACAAAGGAGAGAAUUCAGAAGAUCCUGGCAACUGGUGCCAAUGUUAUCCUAACCACUGGUGGGAUUGAUGACAUGUGUCUCAAGUAUUUCGUGGAGGCGGGAGCUAUGGCAGUUCGAAGAGUCUUGAAAAGGGAUCUUAAACGCAUUGCUAAAGCUUCUGGAGCAACUAUUCUGUCAACGUUGGCCAAUUUGGAAGGUGAAGAAACUUUUGAAGCUACAAUGUUGGGACAAGCAGAAGAGGUGGUACAGGAGAGAAUCUGUGAUGAUGAGCUGAUCUUAAUCAAAAAUACUAAGGCUCGUACAUCUGCAUCAGUUAUCUUACGUGGGGCCAAUGAUUUCAUGUGUGAUGAGAUGGAGCGCUCUUUACACGACGCCCUUUGUGUGGUGAAGAGAGUUCUGGAGUCCAAAUCUGUGGUUCCCGGAGGAGGUGCUGUGGAAGCCGCCCUCUCCAUAUACCUUGAAAACUACGCCACCAGCAUGGGGUCUCGGGAGCAGCUUGCCAUUGCGGAGUUUGCAAGAUCUCUUCUUGUCAUUCCCAACACGCUGGCGGUGAACGCUGCUCAAGACUCCACAGAUCUGGUUGCAAAGUUAAGGGCUUUUCAUAAUGAGGCUCAGGUUAACCCAGAGCGUAAAAAUCUAAAAUGGAUUGGUCUUGAUUUGAUCAACGGUAAACCGAGAGACAACAAGCAAGCAGGUGUGUUUGAACCAACCAUAGUGAAAGUCAAGAGCUUGAAAUUUGCAACAGAAGCUGCAAUUACCAUUCUUCGAAUCGAUGAUCUGAUUAAAUUACACCCAGAAAGUAAAGACGAUAAACAUGGGGGUUAUGAAGAUGCUGUACAUUCUGGAGCCCUUGAUGACUGAUGUGAUCUCCCUUUAAUUUAUAUUAAUUUUAGGUACAAUGUCUUGUGUCUUGAGUAUUACACAUUAAAGUACAGUAAACUCACA